AUGGCAGCAAUACAAGUCGAUAGCGUGUCAUCAUCACUUCUACCUGAGCAACAACAGCGGGAUGACUUUUGUCUGUUCGAAUUCGCCCCAGCCAAAGCCUCGCUACCACCGCGCCAUGUUGCAGAUCACCUGGUGGAGGUAUAUUUCCAAUAUAGAACACCACAUCUGCCGAUUUUGGAUCGUUCACAGGUGGGCAAAGCCAUCAACAGCGCAUACAGUUCGCUUGAAUCGAACCAAGCGUCCGCGAAAGUGUCAGACAGAGACAUGUUCAUCGCAUACAUGGUCUUCGCCAUCGCUCUUGUUGACGUACCCCAUACGUCUGGCGGACGGCCAAUGCAAAGCGAUGGAUGUUUCCGUUCGGCCCUGAGUUGGGUCGAGACCACCCUCUCAUACUCGAAAAGCGACCUCGAAACUCUUCGGUCUGUGCUUCUGUUGGCCCAAUUCGUCGCUCUGUCUCCUUCCCGUGGAAGCCUCUGGCAUUUGACAGGUUUCGCAUUGCGCCUAUGCAUCGACGUAGGCCUACAUUGGGAGAACGACCUGCAGUGUCUCAACAUGGAUCCCGACAUUUUGGAUGACAGAAGACGGCUGUGGCAUUGCACAUAUCAUUUCGAUCGUCUUCUUUGCAUCACUCUCGGUCGUCCAUUCGGCAUUCUUGACGAAAGCACACAUGUGCAGCUCCCGAAUCCCUGGACAGGUUGCCGUCAAGGUCUCGGGCGACGAGAAUCUAGCGACUAUGACAUCCACGCCCAGCGAGCUCACAACCACCUGUUCACCCUUGCCAAACUCGAAUCAGAAAUCAAACAUGUACAGCACACUCGAGUUUGGACUCCCAAGUUGGCUUAUCCACGACCGAGCUGGACCGUCUGGCUGCAAGAUAUUCAACCCCGACUCCAAGAGUGGUAUGCGACCAUGCCGGAACCUAGAAAAGCUCAACCACUCUCCAUCUUCGCCUCUCAGUCAUACUGGGACGUCAUGUACAAUAACACUAUCCUGCUGCUUUAUCGUCCACAGGCGGGCAACAUGUACCAAUCGGCAGAAGAGCUAUCGAUUAUCUUUGGGGCGGCUUCCAAAGUAAUUGCUGGACUAAAAGUUUUACAACGGGAAGGGAGGGUUGAAAUGUUAUGGAAAUCCGUCCACCACCUCUUCAUGGCUGGGCUAGGAAUUGUAUAUGCUCUCUGGCAAUCCAAGGAGAUCCGAGACCAGAAUCCUGUGGGAAAGAGUAUCUCCAUUCUUCAGUCCUGUGCUUCGACUCUCUCGGCCAUGUCUGAGACUUUCAAAGGAGCCACAGGCUGUCGGGAUGCCUUUGAUACGCUUUCUUCCGCAACGAUCGAUUGGCUGGUUACCAGGAACAUCGAAGAAGUGCACCACAACCGCCUAGAAUUCGAGAAUCAUGUGAGGGAUCUGAUGAAGCAAUUACAAGUGCCCCAUGACGGCAUGGCGACAACUACCCACCACUCCGCCGACAACAUGUCAGCCGUCCUGUCAGCUGAUAAUUUCGACCUCGGUGAGUUGCUCAACACCGCUGCGCAGUGGCCUGACCUGGGAGAGUUCAACUUCAUCAUGGCUGAGCCAGGUCCAUCUGCCGUCACCUCACUUGUCCCGGCGACCGGCGCCACCAAUACCAUAGAGCAGAUGCUUCAGUAG